AUGCAAAUUGCGUUAGAGGUUGAUAUUGACAUCGAUUACAUAAGUUGUGCAUAUGAUAUUUAUUAUUUUGUAUCAGCAUCGGUAGAUAAAACAAUUGUGAUAUGGAAUGGAAAUAAUGAUAAGUAUACAAUUUAUUCGACAUUAAUUGGUCAUCAGAAUAGUGUAACAACAGUAUGUGGUCAAAUUUAUGAUAAAACUAUUUUUAUUGCCAGUGGCUCAGCAGAUUCAACUGUAAAAAUUUGGAAAAUUAUGAAACAAGAAACAGAUUCUGUAAUAUGUCUUCAUACAAUCGAAUAUAAAAACGGAUUUGCCAUUACAGUCGAAUUAGUAAAAUUAGAUGAUACCGACUCGUCUAGAAAAUGGUCUGUAGCUAGUUGUUCACAAGACACGUAUAUUCGAGUUUGGCAGUUUUCUUUUGAAAAUGAAAUAAAAGAAGAAGAAAUGAGAAUGGCAUCGGAAAAAUUACAAGCUUCUUCGUUGAUAGAAGUAACAGAACUGAAAUUAAAACGGAGUUCGUUUACAUUCAAAAAGAACGAAAUUAUUCAAAUAGUCGAAGUGACACUUGAUUCCGUCUUUUUGGGUCACGAAGAUGCGGUUUAUGGACUAUGCUGGUUUCCACAGCAAGGAAAAAACGAUGAAGGAAAUCUGUUUAAUAUGUUACUUUCAUCAUCGAUGGACAAAUCAAUGAUAUUAUGGAUGUAUGAUGAAGAACAGAAAAUUUAUGUUGAUAAAGCUCGCGUAGGUGAAGUUGGUGGUAAUACUCUUGGUUUCUAUGGCUGUACGUUUAGUCCUUGUGGAACAUACAUACUCGGUCAUGGGUAUGAGGGAGCAUUACAUUUAUGGAAAAUAGAAAAAACUGCUGAUCGUAUUCACUUGAUUCCACAAAUAUUAAAUAGUGGUCAUUUUUCAAUGGUUCAAGAUUGCUGUUGGGAUAAAUAUGGACGCUAUUUAUUAAGUGCUUCAACUGAUCAAACAACACGUUUACAUGCUGAAUGGAAACGAGAAAAUAAUAAAAAUCAAAUAGUAACAUCUUGGCAUGAAAUUAGUCGUCCACAAAUUCAUGGUUAUGAAAUGAAAUGUUUAGCUAUGCUUGAUUCGAUGCGUUUUGUAUCAGGUGCUGAUGAAAAAAUCUUAAGAAUAUUUGAAGCACCAAGAAAUUUUCUUGAAAAUUUUCAACGAAUAACAAAGAUAGAUGUUACUGAUGAUAUUAAACGUUCUCAAUCGUUACCAGAAGGUGCAAAUGUUCCAGCAUUGGGUUUAUCAAAUAAAGGAAUUUUUAAUGAGAAUGUUCGAGAUCAUGAAGCAACAACAACAACAACAACAACAAUGAGAAAUCAGGAUGAAUAUGAACAACCGCUAAAUGUUGAUGCACUUUAUAAAGAAGGUUUUUUUAAAUCAACAAUUUUGAACGAGCCUCCAUUUGAAGAACAUUUACUACAAAAUACUCUUUGGCCGGAAAUUCAAAAGUUGUAUGGACAUGGUUAUGAAUUGUAUACUGUUGCCGCUAAUCCAUCUGGCACAAUUAUUGCAUCAGCUUGCAAAGCAACCAAAGCUGAUGAUGCGGCUAUAUUUCUUUGGAAUACCUUAACUUGGAAACCAUUUGCUCGUCUAGUUUUACAUACACUUACUGUGGCAAAAAUGUGUUUCUCAUAUUCAGGAAAUUAUCUAUUAGCUGUUUCAAGAGAUCGUUCAUGGUCAUUAUUUAAAAUUGAUCAAACAAAUUUUCAAGCAAUUCUUUUCAAACGUAUUUUACCAACGAAUGCGUAUCAUAAACGUAUUAUUUGGUCAUGUUCAUUUUCUCAUGAUGAUAAAUAUUUUGCUACCGGUGCACGAGAUCAUAUGAUACAUAUCUGGAAUGUUGAUAAAGAAGAAACAAUACCUGAAGUUGCUGAUAAAAAUUAUCUCAAAUUGGAUGAUGCUAUUACAGCAUGUACAUUUUUACCAGAAUUUAUUCAAAACAAGUAUAUAGUAGUUGUUGGUCUUGAUAAUGGUUCUAUUUUAUUUCAUUCAUGGAAUGAAAAACAAUCUUGGCAACAUCUCAUCUCUAUAUCUCAACCAAUGGGUUUUCAUUUGACUGUAAAUAGUUUAUGUAUUCGUCCGAAAAAAGAUUCAUCGACAUUAUUUCAUGUAGCCGGUUGUUCAAAUGAUGGAACAGUACGAAUUUUCAGAGUGAAUUUUAAACUUUGUUAA